GGGACAUCAACCAGACCAUAUGGAUCACUUUUCCUCUUACUCCACCGGCCAAUAAUUGGCCUUCGCCAGUGCGGCUGCGUUCUGACUCGAUACCGUGUUCAGGCGCAGAAUCGCAUUUCUUCUUUUACAUAUUUGACGGCAUUCAUUUUUUAAUGAUGAACAGCCCCCCUCACCUUCGUCGGACGCACCGAAAGCGUAUCUCGGCUCUCCGUUUGUCGUCCGACACGACGUCAACGCUUCUCGAGUACAUUCCUGCCAGCAAUUGGCAAAGACCUGAACCAGAGACCCCUUCUGAUUUGCCACCAGGUUACCCAGACAGCGCGGAAGAGGCUGACGAAGAUACUGAUUCAGAUUCAGGACAGGAAGUUUACUUGCCUCCACGACCAACCGUUUCAGCGGCGACACCGUCACCAUCGCCACGUCGGAAGCGGCGAAAUCCUGCCCUCAGGAGGAGGCGAUCUGGUCCAACGUCCACCGAUCCUUACUUGGAUUCUCUGCUAGAACGCAGUGUUCACGCUUUAGAAAUGUCAAACGCGCUAUUACAGAGCUCGAUAUCUACCCAGACAAGCAUGUCGACCUUACUAUCGUCAGACUCGCCUGCAGACUCCACACUAGAGGUCAGUGCGAGAAGGCUAUCGUCGAGAAUACGAAGUAAUCGAGAUAUUCACGAUGCUUGGGCCGGCGAUCUUGAGGAGAUCAGCCACGGUGUGGAUUGCUUGUUCGACGAUAGUAGGAGGCGACAUAGCGGGCACUCGUUGGGGCCUGAAGGCAGCAUCAGCAUGAGCUUGCCGACGUCCAGCUUGCCGCCUGAGAUGCAUCGACAUUUGCAUCGAAGGCGUUCGUCAACCGAGUUUCGUGCUGCUGCGAACGAACCUCACUUGCGACUGGAACCACAAGCACGGUCACAGCUGGUGUCUCCACCCCCUAGGGCUCUGACGCAAUACGUCGUUAGCAACGGCGACGACAGCACGAUUAUCUUACCCUCGACCCUUGGCCUUCGGUCCGCUCCUUCCGCGUAUCCUUCUCCCACAUUCCCUGCCCCGGCGCCACCGCCUUCAUCAGUUCGCGCUUACAACAUGCUGUCAUCUUUAAUGACCCGGCCCUCGUCAUCAGGGUCGUCCACUCCCUCGUCUACAUUCACGUCACCUUCUUUCCUUUCUCGACGCGGUUCGAGCGUCAGUACCGAACGCGGAGGCCAUUCUUGUUCCCCUACGUCCCGUCUUAGAAUAAAUCAGUCCAAAUCACCGCACCAAUCCAAAUCUCCGGAUUGCGAACGAAGAACGCUUCCAGAAUCACUGUCUAACGACAUACGUUCUCGUUCUCGAACCCCGAAGCUUACCAUGUCGCCUCGCCGACCUAUGACGCCCACUAUUGAGGAAUCUUCUCCCUCAUCUAGUUCAUCAGACGGCUGUCCUGCCAAGCAGACGGUCAGGUGUCUUCGUAAGAUUUUGGAUGAACAACCUCCACCGCCAAAACCUGAACCCAAAAAGGCUCCCAAAUUCAUGCCUAUUUCCCCCGCCCCCCUUGCCGAGGCUGGAACUUCCACUGCUACUGCCUCCAUAUCUCGUCUUUUCACCAAAGCCAUCCACUCCUCAUCUGCUCGUCCACCUUCACCACCUCGACAUUCCGCUCUGAAGCAAUCGUCUUCUUCCAACACCACCCCUCGUCCUUCUCCCACACCUACGCCCUCUACUCUGAGCAUACCGGAUUUACUUGGGCUUUCCAUCGGGGGCACCGCGAGUUCCAGUUCUGGGCGCUCGACGCCCAAACGUAUCAGCUUUGCUGAACUGCCAGAGUCAUACGCUGGAACGCGGCCGGGUAGCAAGUUUGCAGACAAGCAAAAGAGGCGGAAGAGUAAGCGGAAAGAUAAGAGGGCGGAAGAACCACAAAGUUGGUGGCUGGGAUGGUUGAUGGGCAGUGGGGCUCCCUCGGAGGAUCGGAUGGAGGAUCGUAUGAAUAGGGGGUGGGGUGGAGGACGUGGUGCCUAUGGGUCUGGUAUUGAUGAUUGGGCUGUUUAAUGACUUUCAUGACCGUGGUUUUUUUUUUUUGGUCUUAUCGCUAUAUUUUUACCCGUUCUUGGUCGUAUCGUUGCAUUGCUUCUUAUACCAUCCCAUUUUCACGUCUUUUCGCAUGUAUCGUG